AUGUCAGAGAUCGAGGAAACGUUUCAGCGCAUCAGCCAGCGACCCAAUGUGGCUGGGAUUAUUGUAGUGGACAAUGAAGGUACUCCUAUCCGAAGCACUAUUGAGGACACUGUAGUACAAAACCAAUAUGCACACCUGAUUACAUCACUUGCUGCUAAAGCACGCCAUUGUGUUCGUGACUUAGACCCGACGAACGACCUCUGCUUCCUUCGCAUCCGCUCGAAAAAGAACGAGAUCAUGGUUGCGCCAGACAAAGACUUCAUCCUGAUUGUUAUUCAGAACAUUGUCGAGUAG